AUGGCAAAGGAGAAGUCGGUAAACCCAGCAGAGGCCCACCGCAAGAACCAACGCAAGAAGGAAAUUCAGAAGAACAAAGAGGCUCGAAAGAAGGCACGCGAGUUUCAAAAUGCAAAGCAAGACACUACUCCGCUGGAAGACGAGAUUGCAGAUUUGGAGUCACAAGCUGAGCUCAGCAAACCCGAAAAGGGACGAUUGGCACAGCUGAAGCAGGAUCUCAAGCGGUUGCUCAAGACCAAAGAGGCCUAUCUCAAGGAGCACCCAGAACAUCGUAGUCUCAUCUACGCGAGUUCUCGGAAAAAGGAGCAAGGAGAAAGUUCAGGGCCUGUUGGGAUCGCCCCAGGGGAUAGAAACGUCUUUGGCAAGGAUGGGCUUCCUUUACGACCGGAGCGAAGUAUCUAUUACGACCCAGUGAUGAAUCCCUUUGGAGUUGCACCACCAGGAAUGCCCUAUCUAGAGCGACCACCAACACCGGAUCCUAUGCAGGGUAGCGAAGAAGAUUCAGACCUUUCCGACGAAGACGAUAUACCAAUGCCACCAGGUCCCCGACCCGGUGCCAUGGAGGAGGAUUCCGAGGCGGAAAACGUGGUACCAGCGUUACCUCCAGACUUCGUCCCGCCACUCCCACCAGGCCCAAUACCACCUACCGCCAUACUAGCACCAGGCUUCGUCCCGGCCUUUGUACCUCCCGUCCCACCUCCUCCAGGCCUUCCACCUCCACCAGCUGGUAUCCCAGCUGCACCGCUUGGAUUACCUGGAGGGUUCGUUCCUCCACCACCACCACCGACUGGAUUCCCUCCGCUUCCUCUUAAUAUGCCCGCUGUAUUGAAUCCACCAAACCUUCCACAAGGCGCAAUUCCACCACCACCCUUUGGAUUUCCAAACUUUGCACCCAACUUCCCCCCUGCUCCACCUUCUGGUCCCGUAUGGACCGCGCCAACUGUUCACGUUCCGCCUAUUGAUCCACUUCGUGCACAAACACAAGCACGCACCACAAAACCUCCACCUCCACCUUCCUCUCUUCCUGUUCAUCCAUCCCUUCCUGCACGACCUACCCCUGCACCUGCGACGAAGCGGGUGCUGGCGUUGGACGAUACGUCGAGUGGAGCGACGAUUAGCGCUGCACCAGAAUUACGUGACUUGAAGAAGGAAGUGACGGCCUUUGUGCCCCGUGGUAUUCGACAAAAGACUGAAAAGGCCAAACCACCAGCUGGUGCCACGGCGACAUCUGGUCCGGAAGAUACUAGGGAACCAGAGGAGGAGAAGCCAGACCUUAUGGCGACGUUGCGCAAUGCUGGUAUUGCCGCACAGAAGCAACUUCAAUCCGAGGACAAAUGA